AUUCGGUAGGAGGAACUUUACCCUUUAACCGACGUUUAUAAGAGAAGCCAAACAUACUCAUUUACAACAGCAAUACUGGAUGCAAGUAUUUAUUAAACACCAUCAUCAUACCUUGAAAGUAAUUUGAUUAUAAAGCAAACAUGUUAUUAGAUACGACAUCGAAUCGAGCCAGCGCUUUUUUCAGCAAAGUGUCUUCUAUGCUGAUUCUUUUAUGUGCAAUCAUUACGGUUCAGAAUAUUGUGAAAGCACCUAAUGUUGAUAAGGUCUUUCCAGCUAAUGUUCAUUAUGCUAAAUAUAAACCGGCCCGAUUUUAUCAUGCGUUUCAUAAUAAGAAGCAAAAUUAUGCUCAAGUCAAAUUUGACUUGGAUGCCGAUUUUUCAAACCUAUGGAAUUGGAAUACCAAGCACGUUGUUGUCUACUUGGUAGCGUCGUAUCCGACCGAAAAACAUGAUGUGAAUAAUGUUAUCGUUUGGGAUCGCAUUUUAUCAACGCCAGACGAAUCCCAUUUACAAGUGAAGAAUGCACUGUCUAAUUUACAUGCACACCCUUUUCAUGAGUAUAGCAAUGAUUUUAGUAAUUUGGAAGCAAACUAUACGAUGCACUGGACGGUGUCUCCCAAACUGGGAUUUUUAGCAUGGGGAUCUGGGAUGUCGUCUUUGGGUGUACCUUUUACAAAGAUUUAACAAAGGUGCUCGAAGAAACGAAGAAGAAGAAAGGUUUUGCCUAGAUGAUCCCUUGUUCCAUGAAGACUAUGUUUGAAGAAAAGUGGAAUGCUUAGAGGGAAUUCAAAGUUAUACAGCGAGCGAAAACAGGAACUGGCAGCAAUGAAAGAGGAAGCCAAAGGAAUUCAGUUCAGGUCUAACAAAUUGUUUAAUGAAUCAUUUCGUCGGUUACAGCAUGUUGAAGUCAUUGAAGUAUUGUAGGUGGGAAGUCAAGAGCGAAACAAGUAAAUUUGCG